GGAGGGACAGAGCAGAUGGAGGCGAGCAUCUGUCACAGAGAAGACCCAGGCAGAAGACAGGGCUUCGGGGAAGAGGUAACAGACAGGUGCCAGAGCCAGGGGGAGCACACUGAGGAAUACAGCCACUGCCAUGACACUAAACAAAAUAGAGAAGCUGGGGGGUCUGCGGCAACAUCGGGGAAGUCUUCCUCUUGCUGUAGACUCACACCGUCGUGGUAGUAUGCCCCUGCCUUACAAACACCAGCUGAGACGUGCGCAAGCUGUCGAUGAGCUUGACUGGCCAAGUGUCCAUUCAGGGUCGUCCGACUCUAUAAGGUCCUCAGACAGUAAUCCGGAGCCUGGAUCCUACAAAGUUAUGUUGGUUGGUGACACUGGAGUAGGAAAGACAACUCUUGCUGGGAUAUUUGGAGGCCUUAAAGACUCUUUCCCUCAUGAAGCUGAGCAUCCAGAGGAUACAUAUGAGAUAGAUCUAAUGGUGGAUGGAGAAAAGACAGCAUUAAUUGUAUAUGAUAUUUGGGAACAGCGGUCUUUAUCUUCUCAGUCAGGUCCACAUACUUGGAUGCAAGAAAGCUGCCUACAAAUGGGGGAUGCCUUCCUUCUAAUCUUUUCAGUGACAGACAGAAGUAGCUUUCAACAUCUGCCUGGUCUUCUUCUGAAACUGCGCUCUGUUCGUCCACAUCGCCAUAUUCCAGUGAUUCUUGUUGGCAAUAAGGGAGAUCUAGCUCGCUCCAGAGAGGUCAGCAUGGAAGAGGGACGCGCCCUGGCAGGCAUGCUAAGCUGUAAGUACACAGAGACAUCUGCUGCCCUUCACCAUAAUACACAGGAGUUGCUUGAGGGGGUUGUCAGACAGAUCCGUCUACGAAAAGAUGAGGGACAACACAAUCCCCAGCCAGCCACCCUCCUACCACCAGUUCGCAGAGAGAGUCUGACCAAAAGAGCGAGGCGACUUUUGCAGGGAAUUAUGGGAAAACAUAAAGGUUUCUUCAAGCAGAGGUCAAAAUCAUGCCAUGACCUUUCUGUCCUGUGACUUGUGAACUAUGCUGUCCAUGUGCCAUAAGGAAGCCGGACUGGCCACAUGACCUCGUGUCUGCCACAGAACUCGGAGAACUUCUGACCAUCCUAUGUGGAACCAUAUUAACAGAACAUGGGCGGCAUAGACUGAUAUUUCU